GCCAGUUUUGCGGCGGUGUUGGAGGCUUUGGACAGCCGAAGGGAGGUUGAGGAACGGAGGAGGGAGGAGCGAUACACGGCCCUUAUCGAGAGGGUCGGGAUGGGGAUGACGUCAGCAGCAACAACGGGCCCCGUGAUGGUUGCCCCGAAGGCCCGGGCCCAGAAAAUGACGGUGGAGGAUGACCCCGAAGCCUACCUUGUGGCAUUCGAGCGGCUGGCCACCACCGCAGCCUGGCCCCGGGAGUACUGGGCGAGCCAACUGGGCCCUUGCUUGAUUGGGGAGGCGCAAGCCGCAUAUCGGGCUAUGACUGAUGAAGACGCGGCCCAGUACGACUUGGUGAAGCAGGCUAUCCUCCGCCGUCUGAACAUCACGGGGGAGACCCACCGGGUCAGAUUCAGGGAGUUCCGGCGGCCACCAAACACACGACCCAGGGUGGUGGCCCAACGGCUAUGCGACCACAUGGCGCAAUGGCUAAACCCCAGCCAGAAAACUGGGGUUCAGAUGGGGGAAGCCAUUGUCAUGGAACAGUUUUGCCAUGUGGUCGGAGGCGAAACGCAGGCCUGGAUACGCCGGCACAACCCCACCACCCUGGACCAGGCCGUAGCACUGGCCGAGAACUUCGAGGACUCCCUCAUGUCCGCCCAGACCACCUUGCUGAACUACCCCUCCUCCUCCGUUACUAAGGGACCACCACCAAACCCCCCCGGACCAAGACCUGCCAGACCACCGGCCCCGUUGGGCCAUCCAAGCUCCUUACCAUGGAGGCAGAGGUUGGCUCCCAGCUGGGGUAGAAUGGUUUCCCCCGCCCCGCUGUCAUACCAGCAGCGGGACAAGUAUGUACCGCCCUUGCCCUCUGCCCCACCAGUCUGUUUUAGGUGCCAGCAGCCGGGACACAUCGCCAGAUACUGCCCGGCCGCCAUGGAGUGCGACGUGGCUGCGUGUCAUCUGGCAUCAGAGACAGAGCACUAACGGGACGCUCCGGGAAUACUUUGGAGGAGCGCGGACCCGGAAGUGCCGGACUGUGUGCAGUACUUCAUCUCGGGGGGAGUGAGGAAGGACGGACUGUGUUUUUGUUUGAUUG